GUAUACAUCGGUAUCUAAAGUUGAGUUUAUAACAAGCAAGAUUGUUGCGUAUAAUUGUGGUUUGUGACGUCAUAGAGGCAGCGAAAGUGGUCGAGGAAAGUUACGUGACGUUGAAAUAGUAAUUGUGACGUAGUUUGUUUUAUUAUUACGUAACAAUGGCAGCGAAUGUAACUCACGCCACGACGAUGGUGGUUACUCAGACAACAGGUGACGUCAUAACACGUCAUAUUCGUGACGUAACGAAUGUUUCUACAGACCCCACAACCAUGGAAGUUGUAACAGCUGCGAUGACAACCGCCACCAAAUUACCAACAACUGCCACACAGGGCCCGACAACUGCCACCAAACUACCGACAACUGCCACCAAAUUACCGACAUCUGCCACCACAGUACCGACAACUGCCACCAAACUACCGACAACUGCCACCAAAUUACCGACAUCUGCCACACAGGGCCCGACAACAGCUACAACUGCCACCACAAUCCCACAAACAAGCGGUUACAACACAGCUGACUAUACAACACAACCCUACAACAUAACAUCGACAACUGGCAAUACAACAACAUCUAGCUACAACACAAAAGUAACAACAACAGCCAGCUACAACAUAAUAUCAACACAACCAAACAACAAUACUGUGACAGCAACAACAGACAGCUACAACAUAACAACAACAAACACACAAGCGAACAACAACACAGUAACAGCAUCAAACUACAACAUAACAACAACUGACUACAACACGUUAUCCACACAGCAACACAACACAACAACAACAACAACCCUAUUUAGUUUGUUUGGUUUAAACACAUGGCAGAGUGCAUUGGUGGUUGGAGGGAUAAUAUUGCUGGUGAUUGUGGUUCUCGUUGUUUUAUUUAUUUGCUGCUACAAAAGAUACCAGCGCAAGAAAAAGGCGAACCAAACACCCGACGCGUGGAUAAACGACGGCCAAGUUAAGAUAACAAUGAUGAAAAUGGGAACGGAUGAUAUAACCGACGAUGAAACGAUCGCUCAACCUGUGCUCUCGUUCACUCAACAGCAUGUCAACGUGUUCGAAACCGACAACGCUAGCGACGCAGGAUCGAAGUUGAACCGGUCACCGGGUAGCGCUAAAGGUUCAAGUCGUUCACCGUCGGUGGGGAGCAGCGAUGCUGGGUCGAUGCUUAAGAAGAAAACAAGACCCCUCAAGUCACUUACUAAGGUGAGUGUUCCUACAUUGGGGGAUUCCCCUUCAUUCAGCGUCAAGGGCCCGCCACAAGAAGUCAGCGACGAUGACAAAGUUUCCGUGUUCAGCGGGAACACCGAGGCAUCGGAACAACGAAUGGAAAGUUUCGUCACCCCAACGCAUCAGGGUGAUGGGUCACCAGGUGGGGCUAUACCACCACCAUCAGGUGGAGCUAUACCACCACCACCGUCACCAGGUGGGGCUAUACUACCACCAUCAGGUGGAGCUAUACCACCACCACCGUCACCAGGUGGAGCUGUACCAACAUCACCGUCACCAGGUGGAGCUGUACCACCUCCACCACCACCAACGGAUGGAGCUGUACCACCUCCACCACCACCACCGGGUGGAGCUGUACAACCUCCACCACCACCGGGUGGAGCUGUACAACCUCCACCACCACCGGGUGGGGCUAUACCAUCUUCAAACGACCCAAAGGGACUUCCCCCGCCGCCCCCUCCCCCACCAGGAAGUGACAUCACAGGAAAUGUCAUCACAAUUGAUGAGGGUCCGCGACAAAAGUCCUUCUUGCACGAAUCAACAUAGACAUCUUAUACUAACUUUAUAAUUAUUCAAAUCAAUAUUUAUCGCUGAUUCAUGUUUAAUGCCAAGAGAUGACAUUGCAAUAAAACAUCUACAGAAAACAAUUGUUGUCACUAAAGUUCCCACCAACGAGGAUAUAAACGACCAAACCAACCAAAAGUCAUGUCUGCUUAUCCACACACUGCAAUAGCUUCAGCAACUCGACUAUCAGCAUAAACCUUACCUGAACUAUAUACACGAACAUAUAAACACACCCAACAAACAAAACACACAGC